UUAUUUUAACUUUUUCUUACAGGAAUGGAAAAUUGUUGGCAGAGGAAAAACUGCGGUGUGCUCUAAAACAAAAGAUUAACUUGGUGGACAAACGGGGCCUGUCGGGAGUGGGUGGGGUGUAAAAGUAGUCCCGGCGAUGGGGUCAUGACCCAGGACGUCAGCGUCCGGCGCGCAGUUCAGUUUGGCGGUUUCGGAUCAGCAGUCGAAUUGGGGCGUGAUGUGGCCCCGAAUGAACCGAGCCGCUGAGGAGUUUUACUCUCGUCUCCUGCAGGAGUUUGAUGAAGAAAAGAAAGGAAUCCAUAAAGACCCAUUUAUCUAUGAGACUGACGUUCAAGGGCAGUUGAUCGGCAAAGGCCAACCAAACCCUUUGAAAAAUAUUCUAAAUGAAAAUGAUAUGAUAUUCAUUGUAGAGAAAUUGCCUUUAGAGAAGGAAGAAACAAGUCAUGUUGAAGAACUACAGUCUGAAGAAACUGCUAUUUCUGAUUUCUCUACUGGGGAGAAUGUUGGACCACUUGCUUUACCAGUUGGGAGAGCAAGCCUGCUUUCACUCCUACUGAACCUUUACCCUUACCGAAUUGGAUUCCCCAUUGGUAGAAGUUAUGAUCCUGUCACAUUCUUGUCACUUCCUGCUGUGUGCAUCUUGAUCUGCCUGGUGUGCCCUUCUCCCACUUCUUCACUGGGUGAAUUGUUUAUGCAGUUAAUUGGACUUUACACUAUGGCUCACAAUCCUAAUAUGACCCACUUGAAGACUAAUCAUCCAGUUACUGCCCUUCCUGCCCUGUGGGUGAGGUGUGACAGUUCAGAUCCUGAAGGGACCUGUUGGCUGGGAGCUGAGCUUGUCACCACAAAUGACAACAUUACAGGAAUUGUCUUAUAUACGGUCAGUUGUAAAGCUGAUAAAAAUUAUUCUGUAAAUCUUGAAGACCUAAAAAGUUCACAUAAGAAAAGACAUCACUUGUCUACUGUAACAGCCAGGGGCUUUGCCCAGUAUGAGCUGUUUAAGUCCACGGCCUUGGACGACACACUUGCCGCAUCACAGACUACGAUCACUUUGGAUAUUUCCUGGAGUCCCGUGGAUGAGAUUCUUCAAACCCCUCCGCUUUCCUCAACCUCAACCCUGAAUAUUAAAGUGGAAUCGGGAGAGCCCAGAGGUCCUUUGAAUCAUCUCCAGAGAGAAGUGAAAUUUCUCCUUGUCUUGGCUGAUGGUUUGAGGACGGGUGUAAGCGAAUGGCCUGAGCCUGUGGAAGUAAAGUCUGCUGUUGAUCUUGUGCAGGAAUUUCUGAAUGACUUAAAUAAGCUGGAUGGAUUUGGUGAUUCUACAAAAAAAGACACAGAGACAGUGAAGCAUGACAGUGCUGCAGUUGACCGUACCAUCGAGUGUCUUUUCACAGUGCGGGGCGAUCUCGAUUUUGCUGAGCAGCUGUGGUUCAAAAUGAGCAGUAGUGUGAUUUCUUAUCAAGACUUGGUGAAAUGUUUCACGCUGAUCAUCCAGAGUCUACAACGUGGUGAUAUACAACCAUGGCUCCAUAGUGGGAGUAACAGUUUACUAAGUAAGCUUAUUCAUCAGUCUUAUCACGGAACCAUGGAUACAAUUUCUCUCAGUGGGACUGUUCCAGUUAAGAUGCUUUUGGAAAUUGGUCUGGACAAACUAAAAAAAGAUUAUAUCAGUUUUUUCAUAGGUCAGGAACUUGCAUCUUUGAAUCAUUUGGAAUAUUUUAUAACUCCAUCAGUAGAUAUACAAGAACAGGUGUGUCGUGUUCAAAAACUCCAUCAUAUUCUAGAAAUAUUAGUCAGUUGCAUGCUUUUCAUUAAACCCCAACAUGAGCUCCUCUUUGCUUUAACACAAUCCUGCAUAAAAUACUACAAACAAAAUCCUCUUGAUGAGCAACACAUUUUUCAGCUGCCAGUCAGACCAACUGCUGUAAAAAGCUUAUAUCAAAGUGAGAAGCCACAGAAAUGGAAAGUGGAAAUCAGUGGUGGUCAGAAGAAGGUGAAAACGGUUUGGCAGCUGAGUGACAGUGCACCUGUAGACCAUCUGAGUUUCCACAAACCUGAUGUUUCUGAAUUAACGUUAAACGGUAGCCUGGAAGAAAGGAUGUUCUAUACUAACAUGGUCACCUGCAGCCAGGUGCAUUUCAAGUGAAGUGUGCCGAUGGAGUCCUCUGUAAGCACAAGCCAAAACAAACAAAACAACAACCAAAAAACCCCAUUAUCACAGAGCCUGAAACCAGAAAUGUAUAUAAACCUUCAAGGCAGAAAAAGGAGGAAUGUCCAGAGGAUUCUUUACGAAAGAUGGAUCUAUAAAAU